GUUUAAAUUUUAUUAUUUUUGUUUUUCUUUUUCUGUUCUGCAAAGAAAAAUGUCGUAUGAUUUUCAUUCAGAGUUAUCUAAUGAAUAUCUUUCAAUAUUUGAAAAUAGUAAAUAUUCAGAUGUUACUAUCAAAGUAGGCAAAGGAAACAAUCCUAAAGAAUUUAAAGCACACUCUUUUGUUCUUAAAGUACGAUCCAAAUUUUUUGAAAAAGAAAUUAAAAAAAAAGAAAAUAGCAAUUCAUCUAAUAACAAUGUUACUCUCUUUAUACGUGAAGAUUUCAAUUUCGAAGCAUUUGAAUACGUUUUAAAAUAUUUAUAUUCAGGAUCUUUUAACCUAGUAUCAAAAGAUAUUAACUUUAUUUUGGACAUGCUCGUUAUUUCUGAAUUCAUUAAUCUUAUAAUCCUCAUUAAUGUUCUUCAAAAAUACUUAGUUGAAAAAAGAAAAAAAGAACUAGACAACUAUUUUAGUAUCGUUCACAAAACUUGUUCUAAAUGCCAAUCUUUCGAAGAGUUACGAACUUACUGUGAUAAAACUGCUCAAUUAUAUCCCACCACUAUUUUUAAAGCUGAUGAUUUCACUACUUUAGAUAAAGAUUUAUUAAUUUUUAUUCUUGAAAAUAAGAAAAAUAAAUUAUAUGACAUUCAAAAAUGGGAUUAUAUCAUUAAAUGGGGUAUAGCUCAAAAUUCUUCGCCCCUUCCUGAAAUCUCUUCUUCCUCCUCUUCAAUUCAUAAUACAUCAUUAUGGUCAAAAGCAAAUUUUAGAGAUUUAUCAGUUACUCUUAAACCAAUUAUUGGUCUUAUAGAUUUUAAAAAAAUCUCUUCAAAAGAUUUUUGUAACAAAGUUAAACCUUUUAAAAAAAUUUUUGAAAAAACUUAUUAUGAUGAAUUACUUGUUUCUCAAUUAGGUGGUGAUAAUUAAGAAAUUUAAAUUAUUCAGUGAUUAGAAUCAAGUAAAAGAUAAUUAUUUGUUAAAUAU